GGACCCUGCGCGUGGAGCAGCUCAACCAGAGCUCGCUGGACCUGCUGCGCCUGGACGCGGGCCCGUUCGAGGCGGGGGGCGAGAAGGACCAGGACCCCUCGCUCAUCCCCGUGCCCGCCAACAGCUACUUCGGGCUGCUCUUUGUGACAAACAUUGAGAGCGCGGCCCCCGACCAGAGGGUCUUCCGGACCCCCGAGCCCGGAGAGAGGGUCCCCGGUCCCGCAGGGUUCUCCGUGGACUCCGGCGCGGGGCUGACGCGGCCGCAGCAGCUGAGUUUUGUCACCGGCGCCCCCCGCGCCAACCACACGGGCGCCGUUGUCAUCCUGCGUCGCGACAGCGCCAAUCGCCUGGUGGCCGAGGCCGUGCUGGCCGGUCACCAGCUGACCUCGGCCUUCGGCCACGCGCUGGCCGUGCUGGACCUCAACAGCGACGGGUGCGUUUGGGGGGGACACCUCGGUGUCACCUUUGUCACUGUGGGGGCACCUCGGUGUCACCCCUGGCACCGCGGUGUCACCUUUGUCACUGUGGGGACACCUCGGUGUCACCUUUGUCACUGUGGGGGCACCUCGGUGUCACCUUUGUCACUGUGGGGACACCUCGGUGUCACCCCUAGCACCGCGGUGUCGCCUUUGUCACUGUGGG